AUUCCCAUAUUUUUCUACCAUUUCAUCAAAUUUAAAUGUAUGUUACCGUCAUACCAGUUCAAUCAAACUCCGAUCAACAGUGCAUUAGCAUUUGGUGAUUUCCAUCUCGUCCAGCCGAGGCUCCUCCGUGUAGACAGCGCUUAAUGCCAGUCAGAACGUACCAUAUGAGCAAAAACAACACACCAUCAAAGGUACGCACACGACGCACAACUUUGGCCCCCUUCUCUCGACGCGUCCGCAAGUGUGUGCGUGUGUGUGUGUGCUUUCAAACCGUACUUUGCUACCGAGUGGAGAGGCCUGCUCGACUCGGCUGUUCUUUUUUUAUUGCAACCAGCGCGAGUUUUCGAACGUUGCGAACGACGGCGCUGGAAAUUUAUACGCACGCACCACCAAAUCAGCUCGCUACUACCGUGUGUGCGAGUGUGUGCGGAGUUUCUCGGGCAUAGGCCAACAAAAAAAACAAGCGCUGCUUUGGCUGAUGCUAGGCUUGUCCGUGCGCUGUGCUGGUGCUGUGUGUGCUAAUACACGGAGAUCUAAUUGAAGCGAGAUUGAUUCGACGUCGUCGUCCAGCCAAGCGAAGAAGAAGGUGACAGGCUGAGUUGGGCCGAGUGCGAGUGCGACGGGGAUGAAAGUGAUGAAACAGCAGGAAGAAGUAGAAGUGUCUAGCAAGGUGUAGGCGCUGCAGCGAAUCCCUGUUUUUCGCCAAACAGCAACUCCUUCCACCCCGAACCUCUCCCUCCAUCCCGAUCCUACCCGUAUCCGGAAGAAGCGCAUCCGAAGGGUACAGUAGCAGAACGGCGGAAAAGGUACGGGCGGGCCCCGUACACCAUUUUCCCUUUUUGCUCACCAGAAAUAAAAAUCCCUUCACUCCCGUGACCUUCUUCCUCCACCCCUGUGCACCAUCCUGGGGGCGGCCAUACGGACGCGAAAAGUGCUAGAGUAAGAAGGUUCCACAUGUCGGGCGAGUGACCGAGGCAACGUACGCGCACGCAAUACGCUUCCGCAGCUGCCACCGUUCGGUGCUACUGAAAGGGCAAACCAAAAAAGAAAUCCCCCCCCCCCCUCCAACUCGAAAAUCAUCCCAAAGGUGUUGUGUGCAAAAAACAAAAAACGGUGAAACGGAACGGCAGAAGAGCGAAGAGUGUGCAGCGGAGGAGCACUUGCACGCCGUCACCGUCACAGGCGGCAGUUUCAUAAGCGCGGAUUCGCCCAACAGCGAAGCAGCCCCCCCGUGUCAUCGUGGUGUGUUCUGCGGCCCAGAACGACGGCACGGCUAACUUUGUCGCGAAACCCUUAGCAACACACACACACAGGUACGCUCCCUGUGUGUGUGUGUGUGGGUCUCCGUCGUACAUCCCGCAGGAAGGCAGGCUACAGAGCAACCGCAUCCGAACGGCCCGAGCACUGCGGUGCUUGCCCGGUGUCCGUCGGUGGCAAUGGAUUGUCCCCACAUCGUCAAUAACGUUGGUCUCGGCAGGGAAUCGAUACGGUCGGUGAAGAGCAGCAGCAGCAGCAUCAGUGCUUCCGCCGCCGUCACCCUCGCAACGACGAGAGCAUCGAACGUAUCCGAUGCGGUAGCACUGUCCGACGUAGUAACCGCUGCUGCUAGUCCGGCCACCGUUCUCACGGUCGCCUCUACUGCGUCAUCGGCCGCAGCAGCAUCGUCAAAGCAGUGGAAAUGUACAGAAUGCUCCAUCAGCAAAGACAGCUGGAUGUGCUUACAGUGCGGUGCGGUACUGUGCGGUCGCUACGACAACGGGCACGCGCUGAAGCAUUCGAACGCGCACCAAAAUCACAACAUUUGCAUGAACACAUCGAACCAGUCCGUGUUUUGCUACAAGUGUGACGAGUUUGUGAUAAACGACACCGACGACAAUGCGCUGGAGGAGCUGCGGCAGGAGCUGAAGGAUGCCACCGGUGUCGCUGACCAGCUGGACACGAUCUCCGAGACGUCCUCCACGCUGGAGGAGAUCAGCUCGUCCAAAUCGACGCAGGAAACGGCCAGCAGCACGUCCUCGUCGAGCGAUUCCGGCUGGGAGGAGCCGUCGCCGGCCGCGCUGGUACCCGCCCCGUCAGCGGCCACCGCGAGCAGCACCGCCGCCGUCAGCUCGCGCAAGUUGCGGCCCCGCAAGCGCACGAUAUCGAACGACAGCAACAGCGAGAACGGUGCGACCACGGCGAAGCGGAAGUCGCAGCGGCGGGUCGUCGGAUUGCGCAACCUUGGCAACACCUGCUUCAUGAACUCAGUAUUACAGUCGCUCAGCAACAUACAGGAGUUUAGCUGCUACUUCAACACGAUGCCCGCGCUGGAGAUGAAGCACAAGCAGAAGGCGUACCAUUCGCGCAGCAUGAAGGAAACGAUGGACGACGUGUUCGUGGUCGAGGAGCUGCGCAAGGUCCUACUCAACCUUAGCCAGGGCGGGGACGGGUCGAAGAGCGCCAUCUCGCCGGAGUGCUUGUUUCUGGUCAUCUGGAAGGUGGUGCCGCAGUUCCGCGGCCACCGGCAGCACGAUGCGCACGAGUUUCUGCGCUACAUGCUCGACCGGCUGCACACGGAGCUGCAGCAGGUGUCGUUCCCGGUCGAGCUGGGCGGGCCGAAGUCGGGCGAGCACAAAAACCCCUACAACGUGUCGGGGCUGAGCCACCUGCAGGCGAAGGGCCGCAACUCGAUCGUGACGAACGUGUUCGGCGGCGUGCUGCAGAGCGAGGUGCGCUGUCUGAUCUGCGGCAUGGAGAGCAAAAAGCACGACCCAUUCCUCGACCUAUCGCUAGACAUUCCCGAGAAGUACUACAGCAAAGAGCACGGUGCGGACGGUACAAAUGGGGCGGAUGGUGGUGGUGGUGCGGCACCAGUGUGUCACAUUUCCGACUGUCUUUCCAGCUUCACCGAGGUGGAAGAAUUGGCGGAAACCGAACUAUACUACUGCAACUCGUGCAAGUGCAAGCAGAAGUCGACGAAACGCUUCUGGAUACGUCGGCUGCCGAAUGUGUUGUGCUUGCACAUAAAACGGUUCCGGUGGAACAAUUUUUACAGAACAAAGAUUGACCUGAGAAUAGCAUUCCCCAUCAACGCGCUCGAUAUGUCGCAGUUUGUGCUUAACAACGGCCCCGAAACGAGGCGAUCCAAUUCCAGCUGCAACAUCUACGACCUAGCCGCCGUUAUCGUGCACCACGGCAAUGGCUCGAGCUGCGGCCAUUACACGUCCUUUGCCAUCAACAACGGUGUGUGGAUGCACUUCAACGAUCACACGGUGAAGGAGGUAAGCAGCACGGCGGUGGCCGAAUGCAAACCGUACAUCCUGUUCUACAUCAAGCGCGAUCCGACGAAUGCCAACCGAUUGUCCACGAUCGGCAGCGCGGCGCCGGGUGCCGCACCAGCCAACCACCAGUCGUCGUCGUCGUCGUCAUCCUGAGAUUAAGUUAUUUCGUUCAAGACUGAUUACAACUCCGUAACCGUUUAAGCUGACUGAUGACACGAUCCGCUGUGCGCUACACGCGUGCGCGCGGGUGCGCACGUGGGUUUGCUUUUGCGCAAGUGCUGUGCUUGCUUUGGCAAAACGACAGCGACCGAUCGAUAAGGAUAAAGUUUAGUUUGAAUGUGAUGUGGUGACGAAUUGGUUUAAGUUUGUGUAGGAGCUUUCAACCGGAAUGUGUCUCACCUGUGUGUGUUUUUUUUUUGCGUGUGUGUGUGAUGGGCACUAUUAGUCGUGCUUUGGUUCCAUCUUUGGUUCUGUUCCCCGCACAAGGGGAAAUGGAUCUAAAAAUGCAAUAAAUUUUCAAAACUUAUGUUUUGCUACUGAGGUUAAAAGGUUAAAAGAAACAAAAAUAGUUAAAACAAAAAGAACAUAUAUAAAGGCGCGCACAAACGGCGAAAGCAUUAACUGAGCAAACUAUUGCGGUGAGAAUGGGAAGAAUGAAAGAGAGAAAGAGAGAGAGAGGGAGAAAAAAAAAUGUAAAAAAUAAUAGAUAUGUAUAAUUGUAAAAUUUAAUAAUAGUUUAGGAUACAGUUGCAAAUCGUACGGUGGGAGUAAAACGGAGAGAUCCUUACAUUUUACUGAAACAACGUUGUGUUGUGCUACAUCUUCUGUUUUCCCAUCUUUCAAGCAAAUUGCGAUGAAUCUAAUCGUUCUAACCCCCAACCCCUCCCCCCCCUCCCCCAUCCGUUCGACUCAAACACCACUACCUUAUGCCCAGUGGUAUUUGUUUUCUUCUAUGUACUAGCCCUGCUUCCAAUUGCGUAGUAUUUCCUAUACUAUUUCUUUUUAGAUUUAAACAACUAAUUUAGGCCUUGCUGCCGCCAGUUGUUGCUUUUCUUUCCCUCUAUCUUUUACCAUUUAUUAGUAUUUCUCCCACUCAACUCACGUUCAUUUUACGAUUGCAUUCUGGUGUAAUGAACGAAACAUACAAGGACCUCCUUUGCAUGCAAACACGUUCGUUCUACGUUAAGUCUUUUCUCUUUUGUUUUAAGAUAAUGGAUUUGAUAUGUGAUAAACAGCUGCAUUUUAGUUUUGUGUAAGUUUGAACAGGAAACAAAUGCUAAUCUUUUCGUGCUGAAAAGAGCUUACAGCCGUAGUGCGGUGUGGUAGUUGUGCAUACAAAACUGAAUGGGAAAUGAAUCAACAGGCAAAGCAAGAACAAUAUUUGCAACAAAAAAAAUUGUACUGUGCAGUUUUGUGCACACUACACACAGCACACACACACAUAAUUAUGCAUGAUAUAAAGGCAGUAUGGCAUUAGUUCUAAGCAUGCAUAUAUUUUAAACAUAUGAUAAUUUAUAUUUAAGAUUCUCAAAGAGGCCGCCGAAUUAUUGUGAUGUUUAAAAAAAAGAUCAGUUUGAUUAGCUCUGUUUGUUUCUUCUGCUUCUCAUAAUGGUAAUCUUUUACGGCAAUAACUAAAAUCCAUCAAUCAUUAACUCGGCACUAACCUUUCGCCCUUAUUUUCCGUAAGAUAUACCACUAAAGAGGAAUUUAAUUUUUUUCCAAAUCCUUUUGUGUGCAAUGAAAAUUCAAGGAAAAAAAACUCCAAAUAAAAAACACUAUCAAACAGUAAAAACAAAAAACUACCGAAAGAAACUACGUAAAACUAUCAACUAAUAAUGAUAAUUUCUCACCAAAUCAGAAAUUAAAACAAAAAUCACUCACACUUCAUUAAACUGCUCACAAAUGUGAAAGCAAACAGAAGAUAGCAGCAGUUAGCAACACUCUAGGCGUGUUAGAACAACGUGUAAAUGUUGCAACGAAUCUUGGUAUAGAGAGAGAGAGAGCAAGUUAGUUACACAUACCCAAACGAUAAGAGCAGUGUUAGUACGAAAAACCACAGCAUUCACAGCUGUGUUACACACAAAUGUUCAAAGCGGAAAAGUUGGGAGAAAGAGCUAUGCAAAAGUCAAGUGUUUUAUAAUCUAUAAUCUUUGCCGGAGACUGAGAGGACACACGGUACAAUAGGAAAUGGUAAAACGUAAUUUUUUACCUAAAAAAAAAGGUAAACUUAGCUAUUAGAUGCAUACUCAAUAAAUCCACCCAACACCCCCGUGUACACUUGUUAGGGACGGUAUGGAAGAAGAAGAAGAAUAAAAAAAAAUAACACGCAUCUCCUAAGCCCGGGAUUUAUAUUAUAAAUUGAAGUAAAAUUCCUUAAAAUGCUAGUGUUGAGGUCUUUCUCUUCAAAAUAUCAAAGCAACACACAACUAAGGGAAGAAAAGCGAACAAAACGAAACGACACCUGAUAAAAUAAAAACUUAAUAUUAUGUGAGCAAAAACA